AAGACGUGGACAUGUGACGUAGACUCAGACUGACUGUGGUUAGAGUCUGUUUGUCCUAGUGUCCCCUCUGUCUGUCUGGCAUGUUUUGCUGCUCCAGUCCUGACACAGUUUCUGUAAAUGUGCCUCAGACUGCAGCACCUUGUUUGGAAGUCAUUUACAGUGGCUCCAGCUCCGGCUCCGGCUCCGGCUCCGGGGUCACUGUUUUCCACAUGGAUCCACUCGGUCUAAAAAUAGAGCUGUGUUUACAGUGGCAGGUUUGCACUUCCUGAAUGUUUGGCUGUGACUCAAACACACACUGGUGAGAAAUACCACUGUAUAUGUGUGUGUGUGUGUGUGAGGGAGCUCUUCACACCAUGUGACCCUGACUCUUCUGUUUCCAGGGGCAACCAGAGACAUCGGUUCAGCUCUGACCAGGAUGUGCAUGAGACAUCGUAGCAUCGAGGCCAAACUUCGCCAGUUCACCAAUGCUCUGAUGGAGAGUCUGAUCACUCCUCUCCAGGAUAAGAUAGAAGACUGGAAGAAGACGGCCAACCAGCUGGACAAGGACCAUGCCAAAGAGUACAAGAGGUCACGACACGAGAUCAAGAAGAAGUCAUCCGACACGGUGAAGCUGCAGAAAAAGGCUCGCAAAGGUACCGAGAUGCAGGGGCGUGCAGACCUGCAGCCUCAGUUGAACAGUGCGAUGCAGGACGUCACAGACUUGUGUCUCCUGAUGGAGGAGAUGGAGAAGCAGGCGGUGAGAAGAGCUCUGGUGGAGGAGAGAGGACGCUUCUGCACCUUCAUCAACUUCCUGCAGCCUGUGGUGAACGGAGAGAUCGCUAUGUUAGGAGAGAUCACUCACCUGCAGGCCAUCAUCGAUGACCUCACUGUGUUAACCACUGACCCUCACAAACUGCCCCCUGCUGGUGAACAGGUCAUUAAGGAUCUUAAAGGCUCAGAUUACAGUUGGUCGUAUCAGACUCCGCCUUCAUCUCCAAGCAGCUCCGGCUCACGCAAGAGCAGCAUGUGCAGCAGCGUGAACAGCGCCCACAGUAGUGCCUCCCGUUCAUCAGGAGGAGGUGGCAGUGCGGGUGUUGGCGGCGGCGGCUCCCAACCACACUCACCCACCUCCUCCUCCUCCUAUCGGUACCGCAGCAGCCUGCCACACCAGCCUCUGCCACCGGGGGGCAUCGCCGCACACCGGCUAAGCAGCGUCUCCUCCCACGACUCGGGCUUCGUGUCCCAGGACGCAAAUAUCUACUCCAAGCCACCUUCACCCAUGCCCUCUGACAUCACGAGCCAGAAAUCAUCGAGCUCAGCGUCGUCAGAGGCUUCAGAAACCUGUCAGUCAGUGAGCGAGUGCAGCUCCCCGACCACAGAUUGGUCCAAAGCAGGUCAGUACGAGCCACCGCCGGCAGCAGCAGCAGCAGCAGCAGCAGCUGGCGGCGGCGGCGUUCAGAGGAGGAAGGAACCUCUGGACCGGCUGAGGGAGAACGAGGCAUCGCCGGGUUCUCAGGCUUACGCCGGACCUUCACACUGCGAUGACGGACAGAGGGCCAGGAUGACCCCGGCUACGAUCGCAGCCAAGCAUGGAGAGGACGUCUCUCCAGCUGCCAGUGACCUGGCCAUGGUGUUGACGCGAGGACUGAGCAUGGAGCAGCAGAAGAGCAGCAGAGACUCGCUGCAGUACUCCAGUGGAUACAGCACAGAGACCACCACCCCGUCCUGCUCUGAAGACACCAUCCCUUCACAAGGUUCAGAUUACGACUGUCACUCAGUGAACGGCGACGCUGAAGGUCCGGACGGACAGACCGACUUCGACAAGUCCUCCACCAUUCCUCGCCACUCUAACAUCGCUCAGAACUACCGGCGCAUGAUCCAGACCAAGCGUCCGGCCAGUACAGCCGGACUUCCCAGUGGUGUUCUUGGUCCCGGUGCUCAUGGAAUACCAGGACAACCGGGUGGAGCUGUUGGAGGCGGGACUCCAGGCACCGCCACCAUCCGCCGAACCCCAUCCACCAAACCCGGCGUGAGGCGCGCACUGUCGAGCGUGGGUCCCAUCCCCAUCCGACCGCCCAUCGUGCCCGUGAAGACGCCCACCGUCCCCGGAGACUCACACUCUCCCGGUGCUGGCGGUGCAGGACGUGUGGGCGGGGCUCCUGUGCGCGUGGGCAGUGAGGAAUGCGUGUUCUUUGCCGGGGUCGAGGACGCACAAGGCGCGCUCGAUUAUGUGAAAGCAUCCCCCAAACGCCUCAGCCUCCCUAACACCGCCUGGGGAUCAGGGGCGGCGCUGGAGGUCUACGCCCAGCAGCACGCAGGCCUAGCAAUGGGAAUGGGGGCGGGGUCAGAGGAGGAACAGAUGAUCGCAGCCAAUCGGCACAGCCUAGUUGAGAAGAUCGGUGAGUUAGUAGCAAGUGCACACGCCCUCGGCGAGGGGCAGUUCCCUUUUCCCGCCCUCCCCGACGAUCCGACCCCGACGACCGGCUCUGCCGACGCUCAGGCGGGGACUGACGAGGUGGAAGGUUCUGGUGAUAUGUUGACCACGAUCAGGCGAGGAGUCCGCCUCCGCAAGACCGUGUCCAAUGACCGCUCGGCACCGCGCAUCUUGUGAUCGGAAUGGGAGGAAACUUUGUCAGCCAAUAGGGAGUCAGGUGUUGGCCCCGAACUUAACCGUGUAGAGAAAUCUAUAAAAUAAAAGAAGACGAACAAAAAAUAUGUUUAAAGACGCCGUUAGAGUAAAAGAUAUAUAAUAUUACAAUGAUUACAUUGAUGAUGUUAAUCCAUACUGACCAUUAGAAGUUAAAGGUCCAAUAUGUAAUUUACCUGAGUGCCACGAGUCGAAAGUCGAGCUAUCGCGGUUAUGCUAGCUGUCCUGAAGAAAAGCUAGUUGCUUUCUUCCAUGACGCUGAUACCGCCUGUGCUUUCCGAUGUUUUCGAGCGACACUCGUGAAGCCGUCACGUACUUGGCGUCCCGAUCUCUGAGCUUUCAGAAAACUCAGAGGAAAGAUGUCGGGACGGGAACAUUCUCGUCUUGAUAAACAAUUUGAAGGAAAUCAGCGUCUGUAAGGUCUGGUGUUUCCCGCGGUUACCACACUGCAGGCCUGAAGCCUUUUUCAGAAAUAAAUCUUCACGUACUCGGUUAGUUGGAGCGUUAGCAUGAAAACGGCGUCAUUAUGACGGGAGUCUGCAAACAUGCUCGUCUAAAUUUGAGCAAAGCAGCAUCUGUAAGGUCCGGUGUUUCCCGCGGUAACCGCGCCACAAACAAUAUAUUCACGCUUGUUUCCUGACGCAACGCGAGGCGGAAAGUUGCAUAUUGGACUUUUAAAAUCCUGAUCAUUGACAGGCUCGUAGCGGGCCGCUAUAACUCGUGUGUGUUGGACGCAUGUUUGUCUUCUCUACACCGUCACCCAGGGACGGACAGAUGGACAAAGAUAGACAGACGGAGGACAAGACUUGGGUUCUGUUCUGUCCUGAGAGGGAGGACGGGGGAGGCGGGGUCAGAGUGAACCUUGGUUGACCUCCAGCCCUGGGACGGGAAGCUCGGGGCGUUAGCAUGGGGAGCUAACAGGCCAGAGGACUCCUCUGGUUCCACCUUAAUGUACAAGAAGAAAAAAAAGAUGCUGUUGGCAUUGAACCGUGCUAGUGCCCCCCCACCCCCCACGGUGUGUGUGUGUGUGUGUGUGUGUGAGGGGGAGUGGGUGGAGCUCUGCUACAGGACAGCCGAUUACUGUGGAUACAUGUGCCGUUAUAUUUGUGUCAAUCGUCGUGAACAAACACUUUUAAAAAAAUCAAAAAUACACAAAUUACAAAUAAAAUAUCGACGACUCAUUCAAAAAAUAUUAUAUUUUAUUUGUUUGAAAAUUGUUUUCACUCUCAACCUUCAAUUCUGUCCCCGAAAAACCACAGCGACAUCUGUCAAGGUUCUAAUAAUAAUAACAAUGAUAAUAAUAAUAAUAAUAAUAAUAAUAACAAU